AUGGAGAUCAAGAUUGAAGGUUGCGCUGGAGAUCUCCAUAAAACAGGUAGUCUCCAGAUGGCUAAUGUAAAGGAUUUAGCAUUUCAGCUUCCAUUAUUUACUAGAAAAAACUAUGAUUAUUGGAGUAUCAAGAUGAAGACCCUACUUUUAUCCCAAGAUCUUUGGGAAUUUGUGGAAGGUGGAUACAUAAAAUCUGUUGAUCAAAAUACAUUCAAUAUAUGGACACCAAAACAGAAAAGUCAGCUGAAAGAAGAUAGAAAGAAGGAUAACAAAUCUCUUUUCACCAUUCAAUAUGCCUUGGAUGUUUCAAUUUUUCCUCGAAUUGCUAGUCUGACAAAAUCAAAGGAUGCAUGGGAGGCUCUACAAACUGCAUACCAAGGUGCAGACAAAAUCAAAUUGGUAAGACUUCACACUUUCCGAAGAGAAUUUGAAAACUUGAGGAUGAAGGAAUCUAAGUCCAUUCAUGAAUUUAUUACUAGGACUCAAGGUAUUGUGAAUCAGCUUAGGACUCAAGGAGAAACUAUAUCAAAUCAAAAAAAUGUAGAAAAGAUUUUGAGGUCUCUUCCUCCUAAAUUUGAUCCAAUAGUAAUUGCUAUUGAAGAAAGUAAAGAUCUAACUACUUUCAAAGUUGCAAAAUUAAUUGGUUUUUUGCAAUCUCAUGAAGAGCGCAUACAGCAUUCUAUGGAAAGUUUUGUUCAAGCUUUCUAG